AUGCAUUAUACGGUUGCCCUUUCUCCCUUUGUCUUGUAUUGUCAACGGAUCGGCGCUCUCGCCGAAGUCUUCGUCCUUUGUGGGCUUGUCUUGUCGUCUCCCCUUGUUCUCGGUGGCUAUUUGAGAGCCGCUCGUCGUUUCGACGCUCUCUCCUUCCUACAUCCCUCCUCAGCCAACUCUUUCGCCUUCCUCCUCUCCAAACACCCGCCUACUCUCCACACUUCAACAACAUGGUCGCCUACCCCGAGAUCUCCUGGACCCGCAACGGCUGCACCGUCUCCAAGUACCCCGAGAUCUCGUGGACCCGCAACGGUUGCACCGUCUCCAAGUACCCGGAGAUCUCGUGGACCCGCAACGGUUGCACCGUCUCCAAGUACCCGGAGAUCUCGUGGACCCGCAACGGUUGCACCGUCUCCAAGUACCCGGAGAUCUCGUGGACCCGCAACGGUUGCACCGUCUCCAAGUACCCGGAGAUCUCGUGGACCCGCAACGGUUGCACCGUCUCCAAGUACCCGGAGAUCUCGUGGACCCGCAACGGUUGCACCGUCUCCAAGUACCCGGAGAUCUCGUGGACCCGCAACGGUUGCACCGUCGCCUAAUCCUCCCUCAACCAAUCCAUCCGCCCCGCUCGCCUACCCUCUCCUCCUUCAUUGUCGUUCGUCGUCAAAGCAGGAACUGGUCGGUGGAACGGGUACGGGAUCAAGGAGGAGGAAGAAGGAGGGGUGUUUGAGGAGGGUAUCUUUAUUCGCGCAAGCUUGCAUCGUCGUCCACACUCGUUUUAUACCGUCUUUCGAGCGCCUGUGUCGCGCCUGUGCCGAGAGAACUUGUUGA